CUUCCCCGGCCCAGCCCAUGCACUCUAUCAGAAGGCUAGAGCCAGCCCCUUUCGUGGAUCGCAUGACAAAUUAAGCGGCAAAAACAUGCCAAAGGUGGGAUUGAUGCUGUUGCUUGUUUCCAUGUUGGUGGCUGCUGUCCCUCGUCAUGUCAAUGCAGCCAUAACAUGCGAAGAGGUGACCUACUAUCUUAUUCCAUGCAUUAGCUAUGGCAUCUUCGGAGGGACAGUGACUCCAAGUUACUGCACAGGUAUCAAGACCCUGGACGCAGCUGCCAAAACCACGGAAGAUCGCAGGGAGAAAUGCAACUGCGUUAAGGAAGGUGCUGCCAGAAUCCCUGGACUCAACUACACCCGUGUUAAUGAGAUCCCAGGAUUAUUAGGAACUACUUGUCCUUACAAGGUCACCUCUGAUGUGGAUUGCUCAAAGGUGAACUGAUCAACUGAGCCUGCAAGAGCUACCAAGGGUGUUCUGUUUUUUAUGAUGAAGGAGAAGUUUCUUGUACCUAAAGUAAUUUCAGUGUGUGAAAUUUAGCAAAUAAGAUCAUGUUU